UCGGAAGUUGUUUUUUUACCAUGGAAACAAGAGGACGGUGCAAAUUUUGCGCUGUGUUGUGAGGCUUUUGAGUGUCCUCCUUUUGCUCAUCUUAUUCUUGCCGGGGGGGUUAAGCAAUGGAGGACGCAACUGCUGAUUUGGACAGUUUUUCUUUUGAGGCUGGGCUGAGUGAGGAUGAGAAAAAGUUAAUUUACCUGCGCGCACGCUCGGCUGGACUGACAUUUUGCGGCUGCGCGCACGCACUGUUCCUGUUAAAACUCGUCCGCUCACUCAGAUGUAUCAUCGGACGUUACAAUGCAAAAAGAGACUCGCCAGAAGAAGAAGAAGAAGACGGUGACCUCUGCGUUGGAAUACUUGGGAUGGGUCAUCUGGGGAAACAGUUGGUCCGCACCCUCCUUGAAAAGUCUGGCAUCACACCCUCACACAUUAAGAUCUCCAGUAGAAGGCGAGAAGCUGCAGUGGAAUUUAUCCAGAUGGGAGUUGAACAUAUCUCCGACAAACGUAGCCUGGUAGCGUGUGCAGACAUUUUGUUCCUCUGCUGUCUCCCCUCUCACCUCCCUAAAGUCUGUGCUGAGCUCCACUCUCACCUGCCAAAGCGCUGCCUUGUGUACAGCUUCACCUCUGCUGUGCCUGUCACCAGAUUAGCACAGCUCCUUGGACAUGACUUCAUUCUCAAACCACAGUAUGACUUUGUGGCUUGCGACACUACAGACGUGUGGCUGUCCUGCGCUCAUCUCACCACAGCUUUGAUUGAUCCUAUGCUGAUAAAAGCAUCGUGUCCGCUUACAAUGAGCGGUGGCAUCACUCUGGGUCUGAACUGGGUGUGUGCAGUGAUGUACAGCCUGCUGAAUGUCUGCACCUCUGCUGGUCUGGGAUCCAGUGAUGCUCUCUCUUUGAUCAACAGCCUUCUUAAAGAGAAAUGGCCACACGCUGCCGGAUUAAACGCUCGGAGUUUCAUCAGUGCAUCUUGCGCAUCUUCCCUUCGUACAGAGGAGCCUUUUCCCUGGAUUUCUCUCACUGAUGCCCAGACCAGGGAGACCCCACUGCUGUGCUUUCUGUCAAGCAGCAAAUCCAUGCAACAGUGCAUCUCUGCAGCAUACACGUCACUGCUAGAGACACCAGCGAAAUGAGACAGUUACCCUCUCAUGUAAAACCUGUUGAUCCUCUAAAGAUGUCCUGCAGAGGCUUAAGUUUUAAGGUUUAGGUUGCGUAAUUUGUUUUGAAAAUAAUGUAGCCUUUUACAUUUGAAUAAAUAUCAUUCAACAGUG